AUGUCACAACAUCAAACUACAUCUGAUUCAAAAACUACUAAGUAUACUCACAAGGUUAGCACUCCUUCCAUGGACAUUCACGAUGAUGAGAUUUUGGAUGUGGUUCCUCUAUCAGUUAUUCCCUGCGAAGCCCUUGACUUAAACCAUCCCAUGGAUGCCUCAGCUUCUACAUGCCCCAAUCAAGGUAACAUCUCCAGUAUCCCUUCUGGCUCAACUCAUGCCACUAGUUCUAAGGAAGAUAUACACCACACUGAUUGUGUCAUAAGGAACCUAGUCACUAGAAUCCUUAAUGAAGGACAUUCUGUGAAGGGAGUCUCUACCCCCCUGUCUAAAAUGUACCCUUCUCCUGAGGUUGCACAACAUAGUGAGAAGAAUAACGAUUCCUCCAGUUCUGAGAAGGACAUGGCUGCUGAAGGUUUGUGCUCUCUAGGGCAAACUAUGUCUGGUAAAGGAAAAUCUGUGGCAUCUAAAACUGCCAAUGCUUCCCAUUCUGAGAAGCAUGAUGUUGCAAACGAUGUGAUUGACCUAGAGGAUGAUAGGUCUGAUGAGCAAGAGGAUAGCUUACUUCAUCACUUAAAGCCAACUAAAACAGCUAAGAAGAUUGCUGGUGUUGGUCCUUCCAAAUCUUGGAGCAAGGUUGAAGUGAAGAAGAGGAAGGUUAGAGAAGUCUCUAAGUCUGAAGAUGUUGAGGAAGAUGUCCCUGACAUCUCUCUUGUGAAGAAGACCACUAUGAGGAAGUCCCCUGUGAAAGUUGUUGUUGUGCAUUUGGAUAAUAUCUCUUUCCAUCUUGAAGAUGGAGCUGCUAAAUGGAAAUUUAUGAUUCAAAGAAGGUGCUAUGAGGGUUUGGUUAAGGAAUUUAUUGUCAACAUUGCUAAGGAUAUUGCUGAUAAGAACAGCAAGGAAUUUUGCAAAGUAUUUGUGAGAGGUAAGUGUAUUACAUUCUCUCCCACUGUCAUUAAUAAUUUUCUGGGAAGAAGAGUUGAGGGUGCAGGUGAAUUGGAAGCUACAGACAAUGAGGUCUGUAGAGAAAUUACAGCAAGACAGGUGAAAGGGUGGUCUAUUAAAAAGCAUAUUCCUGCUGGGAAGUUAACUGUCAAGUAUGCAAUAUUGCAUAAAAUAGGAGCUGCAAAUUGGGUGCCUACCAACCACAUUUCCACAAUUGUUAAUACCCUUGGAAUAUUUAUUUUUGCUAUUGGAACCAAAAUGAAUUUUGACUAUGGCAGUCAUGUCGAAGACAUUGUCAUGACGUCUGCUAUGGAAAAGCCAACCUCAAAAUUUGGAACCAUUACUGAGCUGAAGGAGACUUGUAAAGAGAUUGGUGAAGGGAUAAGGGUAGCAACAGCUAGGAAAGAAUAG